CUGAAUGGCCUCCUCCUGUUCCUGUGUAACAGGCUCGAGGAGGAGGGGGUCUGAAUGGCCUCCUCCUGUUCCUGUGUAACAGGCUCGAGGAGAGGGGCUGAAUGUUUUUCAUUUAAAGGCGCUAUAUUAAUGCACGGAAUUGUCUUGUCACAAUUUUCCUUGGACUUCUGCAAUUUUUACCUGAAAGAAGCUUGACUUACAGUGAUGGCUACUCUUUGAUAAUAAUAAUUUAGGAGAUAACCCAUUUACUUUUCGUUUUAGACAAACUCCUCAUAAUGCCUGAAGUAACAAUCUGCGCUGAUUAAAUAGCGAGAAAAAAGUUCACAGUUCUCAUGUACACACAGCUCCAUUAUCCCCAGUGGCUCUUCUUUCGAUGAAGUGGGAGCAGAGCCCAGUAACACCUGAAGAAAUGGAUUGGUCUCAGCACUACCCUGAAUACUUCAAACCAUGCUCAAAAAAUGACCGUCAUGAUGAUGAGAAAGAUCUCAUUGAAAAGAAAUUGAAGUUUCAGGUGGAAUUUGCAGAUAUAGGUUGUGGAUAUGGAGGCUUACUAGUUGAGUUAUCUGCUCUCUUUCCCAAUUCAUUGAUUUUGGGUCUAGAAAUCAGAGUAAAGGUAUCCGACUAUGUCAUAGAUCGCAUCAAUUCCCUAAGAGCUUCCAACCCUGGAAAGUACCAAAACAUCGCUUGCAUCAGAAGCAAUGCCAUGAAGUAUUUACCAAACUUCUUCAAAAAAGGGCAGCUAAGCAAGAUGUUCUUCCUCUUUCCGGAUCCACAUUUUAAAAAGACAAAACAUAAAUGGAGAAUUAUUAGCUCUACGUUGCUGGCUGAAUAUGCUUAUGUACUGCGUGUAGGGGGUUUGGUCUAUACUAUUACUGAUGUGCUGGAAGUACAUGAGUGGAUGGUCAAACACUUCACAGAACACCCAUUGUUUGAACAUGUUCAACUAGAGGAACUGAAGAAUGACAUCAUCAUUGACCGUCUUGGUGUCUGCACAGAAGAAGGUAAAAAAGUUUUAAGGAAUGGAGGACAGAAUUUUACUGCAGUGUUCCAACGAGUUGAGGAUAAAAAACACAGGCUGAAAAUCGAAGAGGAAAGGUCCUGAGAGAAGUACUCCUUGAUUUGACUUUACAGAGGCAAGUGACGAUUGGAAGGUACCUGGCUCAAUUGGAACACACUGGACCCACUCUCUUAUGGUUGCCGCAACUUCAUUGAAGUUAGAGUGCCACAUGUGGUUAAAAAAUACAUAAAUAAACUUGAAAAUAACCUCAACAGCAACCUUCAAAUACAUGGCAAGUGUUGACAAGUAUUCAUUCUUGCAUGGUGGGUAUGUAUUUUGGCCUAUCAACAAUAUAAGUAGAGGGUUUGAAGAUCUGUUUCCUAAUGGUAUUUUACAGAUGUUUAUUUUUAAGAUUAUCUAGAGCAUGAAAUUAAGAAUAUAGCAUUGUGAACUAUUAGCCAGUAUAGGAAAUUCCACUGAACAAAUUUGUAUAUCACAAGUCUUCACUGUGACUGCUGUUUAUUCUUGCUGUAAUUGAGAAUUGUCACUUCCGAGACGCGUGCUUAUACCCAUAGCUUCUUAAACUACUACUUACAUUACAACAGUGACAACACUUCAGAAAAUACAUCACAGGCUUUGGGGUUUCCUGAGGCUGUGAAAGGUACUAUAGAAAUGCAAGUCUGCUUGCCUGUCUUUAUACCAAAGAGGAUUUAUCAAGCAGGCUGAAUGCUAUGUUAUUGAUCUAAAUAACUCCUUUUGGUUACUUAUUACCUUGAGUGUCAUUUUACCUCAGUUGGUAGCACUCACCUCUGAGUCACUAGAUUAUGGGUUCAAGUCCCAUUUCAGAGACUUGAGCUCAUAAUCUAGGCUGGCACUCCAGUGCAGUACUGAGGAAGUGCUGCACUGUUGGAGGUUCCCUCUUGCAGAUGAAAUGAUAUAUAACCCCUUUAUUUUCAUUUAAAUAAAUAUCCUCCAUUCAGAGAAUUCUUCCCAGUGUCCUGGUCCCUCAACAAUGGCCACCAAAAAUGGAUGAACUGAUCAUUCAUUUAUUUUGUUUUUAGGGUCUUACUGUGAAUAAUUUGGCUCCUGCAAAUCCAUACAAAACAGUGACCACAUUUCAAAAGUAAUUGAAUGUGUGGCACUUUAGGAUAUCUUGCAGAUAUAACAAGGCAUUUUAAAAUAAAUUCAAGCUGGUUCAUUGGUUAUGUUUUACUUUUAGUUUCAUUCCAUAGCCAAAAAUAAUAAAAUUGGCUGGUUGACUGUGGUCAGUCGGGGCAACUACUUACUAAAUUAAAAUUAUCCUGGUUUCAUAUUUGACCAAUACAACCUUGGAGUUUAAUCCAAGUUGUAAUGAAAACAGACUAUUUUGAUCCUUUCCUUUUGAAGAGGUAUGUAUUCAUUAUUCCUAUCUAACUAUCCUAUGAAAAGAUAUUUUUAUUUUAAAUGGUGGGCUGCUGGAACUGAUACCAGCAACACAGUGUUCUGAAAUGCACACUUCCAUUUCCCAAAUAUUUUUAAUUCUCCUAUUUCCAUUCCCAAGAAAUUACAUUUUUUUUUAAAAAUGGGCAAAAUCCAUGUUCAUUUGCAUUUGCCAUUGACUGGAACUUUAUACAAUAUCACCAGGUUUUCAGUAAUCAGGUUGUCAGUAGGCACUAAUACCAGACUGGUUCAUUGCCUACAUGGAUAUUGGAGUUGUCCCACAACAGGUCCCAGGUUCAAUGUAACACCACUAAUAACCUGAUCAAAAGAUUACAUCCCGCAUUGUUUCUAUAGACUUUGAUAAUGGGUUGGAUUGCACCAGGUCAAACAUACUUUGACACCAGUUACAGACCAAGUUAAGUGUACCAUUCUGUCUUAGACAGAGAACCUUUGACUAUUUGCAUCAAAGCUGCUGUAUUUUCAGGGGAGAAGGUCCGUAUUUACAACAUACGGCUUGUAAAAGAAGGGCAAUAAUUAACUGAAAAGGUCACCAUGUGAGUUAGGGCUGUAAAGAGCCAAAUACAUAUAAAGCAUUUAAAACUUUUGACCCAGAAUAUGUUGGAAUCAAUUAGAUACAUUUUUUUUCUCUCUGGGUAGGGUGAGUUUUGUAGGUCAGUCGUAUGCUUUCAUACAAAUGAUAGGAGUGUGUUUAAAAAUGAAUCUCUGGAAUCUGCUCUGGUUUAGCAGAAACUCUGUUAGCCCCAUUUUUGUUCAUUCUUGUCUAUAUACUCAAGUUGGGAAGCUACUGUCACUUUGCAUUUUAUAAUCAUGUCUUUAUUCAUCCAUUCAAACUUUUUAAAAUGGCAGGUUUAUGUUCAUCAGGAGUUCAGUCUGUAUUCUGUAACUGUUCUUCAUUUUGACCACUCUGAAAAUACAGUUGCUUUUGGUGUAAUAAAAUGAUGCCUUGUGUAUGGGGCCAAUGAGAAA